AUGGGGACAGCUUGUGGCGAGUGGUCGUUCGUCAUUAAAGAACAACAAUUUGAGAUGAGACGGGAGUUAACAUUUCGUAUUUCAAAUGUGAGAUCCCAUUACGAUAGUGGGUUAUCACACAUACACACUUCAAUUAUUCUCUUUCUUUGCUUCUCGCUUCUCGCAGUCACAUACACACCUCGCGUCCAAUUUUGCGGUGCGGUCCAGCCAUGGAUGCGGCCAAAUCGCCGCCGUCGUCGCUUAGGUCGAAGAAGUGAGAAGCGAUUACCCACCCUAUCAGAUUUGAAGGCACGGAGAGCUCCCAAGACCGACCCGAAUCCAUUAGGGGUGAAAACGUCCGGGAAGCCGACGGAUUCCCCGAGCCGAUUCCGCAAUCUUUGCACGGUGAUGCCGAUCAAAGAAAUCAGAACAAAUGAAACUCUUCUCGCUUCGACUGCUUCCGGAGGCCUGGCCUUAUGCUUGAAAUCGAAAAUAAAAAAAAUUGAUAACAAACUUAAGAUAAUUGUUUUAAAUAAAUUUCAAAGAGGAAUCCUCAUCUCCAAUUCCCCAGCCCUAUAUUCAUCUCCAAUUCUCCAUCAGACUCCGCUUGGCGAGUCUGACACUGAAGUGGUUCGUGGCGUGCGGUGUCUUGUAGCAAUCGAUGGAAAGGCGGGGAGAUAA